UGUGGAGCGCUUCACAGAGGACGACCACUGUCAAGAAGAAAAGGCUUGAGCAGGUGCUGCUCACUGCAGGGAAGAGCGACAAUGGACACCAAGAGCCAUAGCCUUGUCCUCCUGCAGCAGCUGAACAUGCAGCGGGAAUUCGGCUUUCUGUGUGAUUGCACGGUUGCUAUUGGAGAUGUUUACUUCAAAGCCCAUCGAGCCGUGCUUGCUGCUUUUUCUAACUAUUUCAAGAUGAUUUUCAUCCACCAAACAAGCGAAUGCAUAAAAAUACAGCCAGCGGACAUCCAGCCGGACAUAUUCAGCUACUUGUUGCACAUUAUGUACACUGGGAAGGGGCCCAAACAGAUUGUUGAUCACAGUCGUUUGGAGGAAGGGAUCCGGUUUCUUCACGCUGACUACCUUUCUCACAUUGCGACAGAGAUGAAUCAGGUGUUCUCACCGGAGCCGGUACAGCCCUCAAACCUGUAUGGCAUUCAGAUCUCCACCACCCAGAAAGCAGCUGUCAAACAGGGGCUGGAGGCCAAGGAAGCCCCUUCCAGUAACAGCGGGGACAGGGCUGCGGCCCAGAGCGACCACCCCCACCUGCAGCUCUCCUUGGCUAUUGGGCUGGAUGAUGGCACCGCAGACCAGCAGAGGGCCCACCCUGCAGCCCAGGCCUUGCAGGAGCACCCGAAGCCUCCCGGGUCCAUCAAGCAGGAGAGAUGUGACCCAGAAUCCGUCAUCUCCCAGAGCCACCCCUCACCCUCUUCAGCGGCGACAGGCCCCACUUUCACUGAAAACAGCCUCAAAAUCCACUUAUGCCAUUACUGUGGGGAACGGUUUGAUUCCCGGAACAGCCUGAGGCAGCACCUCCACACACACGUGUCUGGAUCCCUCCCCUUCGGCGUCCCCGCCUCCAUCCUGGAGAGCAACGACCUAGGUGAAGUUCCUCCUCUGGGCGAGGGCACCCAGGCCCCCGCCUGCUCCCGGCUCAGCUCCUUCGUCAAGGAGACGGAGCAGCAGCCUGAGCGCCCGGAGCGGGCCGCUGGCGCCGAGCCCUUGCAGAUCAGCCAGGUGUCUCUGAUCUCCAAAGACACAGAGCCAGUGGAAUUAAACUGCAACUUUUCUUUUUCAAGGAAAAGAAAAGUCAGCUGUACCAUCUGUGGUCAUAAAUUUCUCCGAAAAAGCCAACUGCUGGAGCACAUGUACACACACAAGGGUAAAUCUUACCGGUACAGCCGAUGCCAAAGGUUCGGCACCACACUGGCCCAGAGGUUUCAGCCGUAUUGUGACAGCUGGCCCGGUGUCCCCCUGAAAAGCCCUCGCUUGUCCCAAGAGCACUCAGACUCAGCCUGUGCCUUAGAUCCAGGGCUCACAGAAGAAAAUGUGGACACGAUCCUUGUUGAAUAGCAACCGCUUCCACAUUUUUCUACCAAUUCUGGGGGAAAACGUGGCAUUUUUUCCAUAAAUUAUUUUUCUCAAGUUUUUUUUUAAACUUUUUUCCUUUUCUUUACCACUUACCCAUAGUUUUAGGGUUGUACAUACUAGAUUGUCUUAUUAUGGCAUAUUAAUACAUGGCUAUUGAAAUAUAACUUUCCAUUAGGGCUAUGAACUUGCUAUAAAUUAAAUCACAAAUUAAAAAUCAGAAAUCAAUGUAGACAUAUGAAAACUAGAGCAAUUAAUUAUAGGAUUCCUUUGUAAUUCUAGAUUAUUAAAAAAAUCAAAACCACUGCCACUGAGUCGAUGCUGACUCAUAGCAUCCCUAUAAGACAGUAGA